UUACCAAAAAAGCCGCACUUAUCUAGAGAAAAGGAAAAUAAAUUCUAAAAUAACAAAAGACAUCUAAAAGUAAUAUACAUAAGAUAUGCAACGUGGUAAAAUCUCCUUUGGAAAAAUUCAACUGAAUGUUAGCAAAACGCCCGUCGAGCAGAAACCUGAUGAAAACUCCAAAAAAGAUGAAAAAGAAUCGCCCGAAGCCAGUGGAAGUGGUGGAGGAUUCAAGAAAAUGGACAAGCAGCAAAUGAUUAGGCAAAUCGAAGAUGUAGCCGAAGAUUUGGAGAGCCAGCAUCUGAAGGAAGUGAUGGGAAUUAGUGGCUUCGGCCGCAAGGCUGCCAAGGUAUUCGACAUUAAUGAGCAAAUAGAAAAAGCCAGGGUUACCCGACCGAGAUUAGAAAAAAACAAGGAGGAUCUUAAGCUAGCCGAGGCAAAGGAAGCUGAGGAUGAGGAGGAAGAUGUCAUAGGUCCAUUGCCACCAGCUGCAGUUGUAGAGAAUGAUAAAUCCACGAAAGAGGCUUCUAAAGAUGAAGAUUCCGACGAUGACUCCUCCGAUGAAGAAUCUGAAGACGAGCAGAGCCUUGGGAAUCGAAUACCGUACACCCACGAGGUGCAGAUGCAGCACGGAUCCCGAGCUGUCCUAGCUCUGGCUGGGGACCCUUCUGGAGCGCGUCUGGUUUCUGGCUCAAUAGAUUACGACAUGUGCUUCUGGGACUUUGCUGGCAUGGACUCCGGCAUGCGCAGCUUCCGCCAGCUGCAGCCGUGCGAGAACCACCCUAUACGCUCACUGCAAUACUCCGUGACCGGUGACAUGAUCCUGGUCAUCUCAGGAAACGCCCAAGCCAAGGUGCUUGAUCGCGAUGGCUUUGAGAAACUAGAGUGCUGCAAGGGUGACCAGUACAUCUCGGACAUGUCCCGCACCAAAGGGCAUGUGGCUCAGCUCACCUCGGGCUGCUGGCACCCUUUUAAUAGAGAGCAGUUCCUAACAGCAGCACUUGAUGGCACCCUGCGCAUCUGGCAGGGAUUGAAAUCUAAAGAACAGGUGCAGGUGAUCAAGACAAGGGCGCAGGGCGGAUUACGAACAAACGCUGCAUCGUGCAACUUCAACAGGGACGCCACACUGAUAGCAGCGGGAUGCGUGGACGGUUCCAUUCAGACCUGGGACACUCGCAAAAUGUAUGUUAAUACAACACACUGUGUCAGAGAAGCGCAUCAAAAAGGCACUGAAAUCACAUCCAUUGUAUUCUCGUACAUGGGUCAGCAACUGGCCACUCGGAGCCUUGACGAGACCAUGAAACUAUGGGACCUCAGACAAUUCAAAAAGCCGCUGCACACCUGGACGAAUUUGUACUCCCGCUACGACACCACAGACUGCUGCUUCAGUCCGGACGAUCGGAUGCUGGUCGCUGGCGAAUCAUUACCCAAGGGUCAGACCGAAGCGAACUUGUAUUUCUACAGCACGAAAACCUACGAUGAAGUCCAGCGGAUUCCGGUGUCCAACUCGCACGUGGUAAAGACUCUGUGGCAUCCGAAACUCAAUCAACUAUUUGUUAGCUGUGGUAAUGGCACUAUUAAAUGCUAUUAUGACGAACAGCGGAGUAUCCGCGGCGCCAAGUUGUGCGUGGUUAAGACGCAUCGGAAGAGGCAGCCUAUGGAAAUGGUGGGAGUGUCACAGAUUAUUACUCCUCAUGCUCUGCCCUUGUUCAGACAGGAAAAAUCGCGUACCUCGCGCAAGAGAAUGGAAAAGGCGCGAAUGGAUCCGGUUAAGUCCAAGCGACCAGACUUGCCCAUUACCAGUGGUCAGGGUGGCAGAGUAGCCACCUCUGGUGGCACUCUCUCCUCUUAUGUCAUCCGCAAUUUAGGCCUAAGCAAGCGGGUUGACGAUGACCAGGAUCCCAGAGAGGCCAUCUUGAAAUACGCAAAAGACGCAGCUGAAAAUCCGUACUGGAUAGCUCCGGCCUACAAGCAGACCCAGCCAAAAGCCAUCUUUUCCGAAAAACUGCCCGCUGAUGAGCCGGCCACCAAGAAGCCCAAAACGGAGACAGACAAAUAGCCACAAUAUUUUUAGGUCCUUAGAAUUGUAAAUAAACUCGUUACGGUUAAUGAA